ACGGUUCCAGAAUAGAACCGGGGAUCCAUGCUCUUUCCUAAUGCUUUCGGAAGAAAAUUUUUCUUACGGCCCCCUGAAAUCGGAAAAUAUGAACCUUUUUUUCUUAACCCCUGUCUAAACCCCGGUCUCUCCCCUGCUCGCUCUCGAUGAAGCUUCUGCAAACCAGCGGCAGGGCACCGAGCAGCGUCGCGGCUCGCGGAAUCGCAAGCAAUGCGGCGUUCGGCUUCUCUCCUCAACGCUCAUCGUCGUCGUCGUCGUCGUCGUCGCUCUCGUCGGCCGAAGCGGCUCGAAUGGGCAACAGGAGACCCCUGGACGGUCCCAUGAUGGAGCUGUUCCGCAGGAUCUCCCCUCUCGGCGAUUCGAAGAUCUCGAUCGUCCCGGUGCUCGACCAGUGGGUCGCGGAAGGCAACUCCGUCGAGCGGAGGCCUUUCCUCCGCCUGAUCAAGCGGAUGAGGUCCUACCGUCGGCACAGUCACGCGCUCGAGAUAUCAAUGUGGAUGUCUGAUAAAAGGUAUAUCGCAAUUACAACUGUGGAUGCUGCUGUUCGGCUCAAUCUGAUCUCAAAAGUCCAUGGGAUAGAACAAGCAGAGAUAUUUUUUGAUAACGUUCCCAGACAGCUUAAAGUCGAAAAGGUCUAUAUUGCUCUUCUUAAUUGCUAUGCUAAGGCAAAACUUCCAAAGAAAGCAGAGGCUCUGUUGGAGACAAUGAGGCAUCUGGGAUUCCCAAGGUCUGUCCUUUGCUUCACUAAUUUGCUUAAUCUUUACUAUCGGACUGGAGACUAUGGUAAAGUAGAUACUCUGAUUAAUGAGAUGGAAGAAGAAAAGAUUAAUCUGAAUAGAUAUAUCUACAGUAUCUGGCUGAGUGCGAGUACUGCUGCUUCUGACACUGAGAAAUUCGAGAUGAUUGUAAAAUGGAUGAAAAUGGAUGCUAAUUUUGUUUGGGACUGGACGACAGGUGUCGUAGUGACCUCUGGCUACUUUAGAUUGGGUCUUCUCGAUAAAGCUCUGGAAAUGCUAAAGAAAUGUGAGGGACUGAUAACUGAGAAAACAAGUAACGCAGCAUACGACUUUCUUAUCACGCAGUAUGCAGUAGCAGGGAAUAAAGAUGAAGUUUUAAGAGUAUGGGAUGUUUACAAGAAGAAGAGAAAAGUGUACAACAAGGGGUAUAAUUGCGUCAUGAACUCUUUGGUGAAGUUCGAUGACAUUGAAAGUGCUGAAAUGAUUCUGGAGCAGUGGAUGUCUAGUGAUCUGACCUGCGAUAUUCGUAUUCCAAAUAACCUGAUUCAUGCUUAUAGCAGAACCGGUGACCUUGAGAAGGCUGAGAGACUUAAGAAUGAAAUUGUACAGAAAGGUGGGAAGCUUGAUUACAUGACAUGGUACCAUUUGGCAAAAGGAUAUAUCCAAAUUAAUGAGAUGCCAGAGGCAUAUGAUGCCAUGAAGAAAGCAAUAUUGGUUUGUCCAUCUCAGUGGAAGCCAGGUCUGCAAUCUUUGACCGCGUGUCUGGAAUCCAUUAUGGGAAAAGAAAGUGCUGAAGAAGCCAAAGAAUUUAUCGAGUUGCUUAGGGCCAAAGAUAUCAUUUCUGCGGAUGCCCAAAAUAGGUUGUUGAAUUGCAUUUAUGACAAAAAAGCAAGCUGGGAGGCUCUCAGUGUAGCUAUUGGCGACGCUCUUGCGUACUAUGCUGAAGCACCAGGAACACUUGGGGAAGUGGACAAGAGCAGAGGGCAUGGUGUAUGGGAUGCAAAUGUAGCUGUCACCGAUUCAGAUUGUGAAAGUUUGUCGGGUGAAGAAACACAUUAGCUGAGCAUUAGGAGCUCAUAUGCACUAUGGGCGUUUUGGUGGGUGAACAAAUUUAUGGGGGGAACCAUAUCUGUUGUAAGAUUGGGCUCAUGCCUUGAAAUUUCUUUAUGGUUGCCAUCUUCUGGUGAACAAGUUGGUUGUGGAGCUCAUGAGGCUAUGCAUAUGGGCAAAAAUGAUAUUAACUGUCUUCAGACUAUUCACUCAAUUGCUAGAUGCAGGUGGCUAUCUGAAAUAUGAUUGAGCGCCGUCAAUUCCACGCCAGCAUCAGCUGCAAACAUGAAAUCUGCACUGCGCCAGAGGGACAGGGAAAGUUCAUAUGUCUCAGGCCUUGGUUUUGUGUUUCGCAUCAUGCCCCAUCUAUUAUAUUUCUUUUCGGUCCUAGUAAGGUGGCGUGCGAUCGAACCAAUAUCUAGCGAUGGUACAAAUUGCUGCUUUGUUUGGCCACCGUCUCUGGAAUGAUGUUAAGCUUCUAAUUAUCAGCCUCAAUGUCGUGUUCAUUUCUUCUCUUGGGAGGGCUCCUCGGUCCUCGUUAGCUAAUUUUGGGCAAACGUAUACUUCAUGUAUCAUCGACGGCAAGUGCAAACAGGAUCAGAUUUUGUUGUUCCGCUUUUGGAAUCGCAUUUCAAUGGCUGAGUUCAUUGUUUGGAUCU